AUGUCAAAAAGACCUCAAAUCCAUAUUUUUGUGGGAGCACCCAGCAUUCCAAGCCCGCUGGAGGUGCCAGAGCAAAGUAGUUCAGCACCUGCUGAUGAAAAAUGGAGCGAACUCCACUGUUUAUGUGUUAUACAUAAUCUUUUUUCUGAAAAAGCCGAAGGUGCUGACAAUGUAGUGUUUCAGGCAGAAAGCUCUAUAGUCGCAGCAGUUCCUACAAGUGAUGACAGCUCUCAGCAGUGUAAAGAGGGGAGAUUAACAGUAGCAAAAGAAUAUUUGACAUCUCUUGUACCUGUGGCAGUAACUUGUACCAGCACACUUAAAAAGACUGAAAGUUUAAUUUAUUCUGAUUGUCAAAUAUGUGAAGAUAGAUGCACACAUGCAACUGCAAAUGAGGCUGCAGAUCAGCACCUUCCUCAAAAAUUUGGAAAAUCAGAUAGGCAGGAUAAACAAUGGCAUGGCGGCUGUUCAAACUUCACUGAAAGAAAAGCCGGUCAUUUAGACGUUAACAGCUUUGACAUUUCUGAUUUGGUUGCCAGUACUAAGCAGAUUAGCAUACAUCUAAGGUCUAUGGAACAAGGUGCUCAAUCGGAUCGAAGUGAUCAACAUGAACAUCUAAGUCAAUAUUUGGAUAUGUUUUUCCCCUCAAAUCAAGAAUCAAAACCAAAAGGAGAACCAGGUGAUUAUUCAGACCUUGCAGUGUCAACUGAUACUGAAUUUCGUAGUAUAAUGACUUCAAGUCAGAUGGCUGUUUUUGCACAGGAUCAGAGUGAGCUGCAAAAAACAAUCAUAAAACUAUCGGAAACAGAAGGAGGCAAGAAACCUGACGAAAGGCAAUAUGAUCCCUUCCAAUUUGAUUCUGCUGUUGGAAUAGGUCUUAAUGUUACUGAAAAUGAAUACAAGGAAGAGUAUACAAAUUCCCUUGAACUUUUCAAUUCUGAGGGUGAUGGGAAAAGUGUUUGCUUUGAAGCUACAAAACGAGAAGGAAGGGCUCAGGAAAAUACAGAGAAAUCCCAAGCACUAAUCCAUAUUGAACCAUUGAGCUCAGGAAUACUGUGCUCUCAAGUAGACAGUUCUCAUAAGGGCUCUUCCAAAAGAGCCCGCAAGUGCGAAGAUUCCUUUCAUAUUUUUCACUCAGUGUUUAAAAGACAGCUGAAAUCAAAGAGAGCUAAACUCAGUUCUUCUCCAGCUGGUCCUGGGAUGAGAAUGGAUCAAGAGAGGAUGACAGAUCACAAGAAGCUUCAAAGGAAACUCUCUCUGCUUAAGAAUUGCUGCUGCAAAAAUCAAAAGUACAAUGUUUUGGUCACAAUAGUACACCCUUGUCAUAUCAAAGAAAUACAGGUGAAGACUAGACCAAAAUCUUCAUGUAAAGUUCCUGUAGCAACAAUUGUAGUUAUUGACCAGUCAGAAAUUGAGAGAAAGGUGGUGCUGUGGCGUGGUGCUGCAUUUUGGUCACUCACUGUGUUUCCUGGGGAUGUUGUACUGCUUACAGAUAUAAUAAUGUAUGAGAAUCUUUGGUGUGGAGAAAUCAUGCUACAAUCUACAUUUACCAGUCAGUUACUGAAUCUAGGGAACUGCUCAGCUCUCAAUCCGGAAGAAUUUUAUCCUAUAGUGGAUGGUGGUGUUCUCCAUGGUUUAUUGGCCUACGUAUCAUCAGAAUUUCCGCACUUUGGAGACAUUCCUCGAAUACAAGUUCAGAGACUGGAUAGUGUUCAGUAUGUGCAGCUAGAUCAGCUCCAGCCAAAUACAUUGGUUCAUUCAAUCUUGAAAAUUGUCAACAUUGCCAUAUUAACAGAAUCUGUGUAUAGCUACAGAGGUGGUAACCAAAGAAAAGUUAUUCUAACAGUAGAACAGAGCAGAGAUCAACACUAUAGGAUGGUGCUGUGGGGAGCAGGGGCUGCCUGGUGUCCUCAGCUUCAAAGGAAAAAAGAUCACAUAUGGGACUUUAAAUACCUUCUGGUCCAACAUAGUUCUGUCUCGGGUGACUUUGAACUGCACACAACUCCAUGGUCACUCUGUGAGUGCUUGUUUGAUGAUGACAAAAGGGCAAUUGAAUUUAAAGAAAAGUUUCAGAAUAGCAAAACAUUACUCACAACAAAGCUCUCGGCACAUUUGGAAGAAAAAUGCUCAGGAGUGGUUCAGGUGAAAGCCCGUAUCUUAGAACUGAAGUUUACCAUUUCAACUGGUCAGUACAAGCAACUCAUCUUCCGUGCUGACACUUCACUGGAGUGUGUUUUGGCUUCCCUGCCUAUGAUGACGUAUUCAGGUUGUGCUAAAUGUGGUUUGGAACUACAGGCAGAUGAGAACAUGAUCUACAAGCAAUGUAUUAGAUGUUUGCCAUACAACAAAGUAAAAACAUUCUACAGACCUGCUUUGAUGACAGUAGAAGAUGAAGGAUAUGAAAUUUAUGUUCAUGUGGUGUCCGAGUUGAUGGAAAAAAUCUUCCUUAACAUUCCUGCGGACUGGCUGAACAGAUUAGUAGUGCCCUCUUCGGAUAUAACCUACAGCACAAUAGUAGCAGAUCUGUGUCAUUUACUCCUAACAGAUACGGAAGCAUCCUAUUUAUUGGAAAUUAGGAGCCAUUUUGUGCUAGAUGAAAACAGCUAUCCUUUGCAAAAGGAUUUCCAUCUGCUAAAUUUUUAUCCUGAUCUUUGA